AUGUAUGCCAGGAUAUUCGUGUUCCUACUCGUCCUGAUUGGCGUGCGUUACAGCGUAUGCAGCCUGCCGUGCGACUUCAUCGAUUCGGUAAACAUCACGGACGGAGAGAAGUUGCCAAACGGAGACAUUCGCCAUAACGGGGUUAUUUACAAUUCAACCUUCUACCGUACGAUCGACUAUGAGUACGAGAAUUAUUCAACCAAAAAGUUCGUGGCCGAUUACAUCCGGGGGUGCUUGUGCGCCGUUCGGAUCUGCGUGCGGUUAUGCUGCAGCGAUCGACAGUAUUUCGACAUGCAGUGUAAACCUGCGGAUGAGCCCAUGCCGAUUGUAGUUAAUGUAAGUGCCACGGAGGCGAUAGAUCUGCGGGAACACCCGAAGUAUGAUUUUCUGUAUGGGAAACCAUGUAAGUUUGUGUACGAGCUGAUUCCCGAGGGUAAUGUCGCCGACGAAUGGACGAUCGCGAGGAAUGGUAGCCUUAUCUUGGCGGAAGUAGUAUCCAUCCCGCGGAACCAAUACUGCCUAGCACCUCGAAGGAACAGCAGCUUUUCGUCGGGGUUCGUGUGUUUCGAAAGUAAUGAGGAGUUGAGGUACCAGCUCUAUCCAGUCGGCAUGCUGCUGUCCGUUCCGUUUCUUCUGCUGACAUUCUUUGUGUACGCCUGCAUACCGGACCUGCGAAACAUGCACGGAAAAUCCCUGAUGUGCUACGUGCUGGGCCUGAGCGUCGGUUACACAGCGCUGUCGCUGGUGCAGCUGCAGGCUUUUCCCGGGUCGAGCUUGGCUUGUGUGAUAUCCGGUUAUGUCGUUUACUUCUCGUUUAUGGUUAGCUUCUUCUGGUUGAAUGUGAUGUGCUUCGAUAUCUACUGGACGUUUAAGGGGGUCACGGGAGUGCGUAGCUCGGACACGAAGAAAUUUUUGCUCUACUCGUUGUAUGCCUGGGGAUGUCCAAUUCUAUUGGCGGCGACGGCCGUAACGGCAGAUUACACCGAUAUAAUUCCGAUCUAUCUACGGCCCCAGUUCGGUACCACCAGGUGCCUUUUUGUCGAUAACAAACUCAUCGAGUUCCUCUACUUGUAUAUGCCGUUACUUAUUCUGGUGUUCAUGAACGUGGUGUUCUUUUUAGUAACUGCCUUGCGAAUCUAUAAAAUACAACGUGAAACGUCUGUAGUACGCCGUGGAGAUUCGAAAAAGCACACGAAGCUCGAUUAUGAUCGGGACAGGUUCGGCCUCUACUUGCGGCUCUUCAUAGUCAUGGGAGUCACCUGGUCGCUGGAAAUCAUCUCAUGGGCCAUCGAUAACAACGCCUGGAUAUUUUAUGUUUCGGACGUGUGCAACUGCAUCCAAGGGUUUCUCAUAUUCGCCCUGUUUGUGCUGAAGCAAAAAAUUAAACGAUUAAUCUACAAAAAGUUCGGUAUCCGGGAAAUCAAGCAGGAGCAAAAGAUGACUUCAUCCAGUACACGAACAACCGCAACCAUGGUCUCGUCCUACCACGAGUUUAAGUCGGACAACCCCCUUGUGGUUUCGAAUGAUGUGGACGGUUCCAUCGAGCAUGAGGGUGUCCGGUACGAUCAGACGCAGUACUAUCGGGACGAGGACUCGGCGAUGUUGCGUGGGUGCAUUUGCCUCGUGCGUCAGUGUAUUCAUAUCUGCUGCCCGGAUAAUAUGGUUUCCGGUGAACCGUGUCCUUCCGCGGAACUGAACGUCAACUUCUCGUCCACAUUGGCUGGCGAAACGACGAUCAGUUCGCGGAACCUUCUGCUGGAUUCGGGCUACCAUCUAAUCUACGCAAAACCCGACUGUUCCGGGUUGUUGCUGACGUUGUUCGGGGACGAGUACGUUCUGCGAACGGAUGGUCAGAUCGAGUAUGGGAAGUCGUUGUUUAGCUACCGGCAUUACUGCUUGCAGGCGGAUCUGGUGGAGCCGCUGGCCUUGGCCGGAUAUUGCGAAACCGUGGACGCUCUGGCGAUGCACCGCAUGUACUCCAUCGGUAUCCUCGUGUCGCUUCCAUUCCUGGUGGUGACCUUCAUCGUGUACGCACUACUGCCGGAGAUGCAGAACAUUCCCGGCAAGUCGCUGAUGUGCUAUGUGGCGUCUCUUACCGUGGCCUACCUCUUGACGGCGCUGAUUCGCUUGAACGUGUACAGCUACCGGUCAAAUUGGUGCAUCGCCACCGGUUUCAUUAUGUACGUGUCCCUGUUGGCGAGCUUCUUCUGGCUGAAUGUGAUGGCGUUCGACAUCUUCUGGACGUUCGGAGGAAGCCGUGGCCGAUCGAGCGACCGCCGAAAGUUGCUGUACUACAGUCUGUACGGUUGGGGCGCGCCAUUGUUGAUGCUUGCGUUUGUGCUGAUUGCCGACUACACCGAGUUCUUGCACGAGAGUCGGCGACCCAACAUUGGCAAGGAGCGGUGUUUCGUGGACGAGGAAAUGAUGGUUGGGUUUCUGUAUAUGUUCCUGCCGAUGUUGCUGCUCGUUGGCGCCAACGUGCUGUUCUUCGCCGUGACAGCCAUACGCAUCUUCAGGAUGGAACAGGCGACGGCUUCCGCGCUGUCGGGGGAGUCACGACGGCAUACCAAGUACGAAAAGGACCGGUACAGGUUCAGUCUGUAUUUGCGGUUGUUCAUCAUCAUGGGUGUGACCUGGACGAUGGAGAUCAUCAGCUGGCUGAUCGGGGGUUCCUCCUGGCUGAUCUACUUAGUAGACAUGUCCAACGCUCUCACGGGCAUUUUCAUUUUCGUGUUGUUCGUGUGGAAGCAGAAGGUGAAGGAGCAGCUGUGCAAAAGAUUUGGCAUCGCGGGACCGGGUCAGCGCAACGAGCAUCAAACCAAUAGCAUCACCAGCACGACCCGUACGACCGACGUGAAGGCGAAUGCAAACACCGACGUAUACCUCUCGGAUAUGACUCAUGGGAAUUGA